GUUUGUUUUAAGCAUAAAGUGACCUGGAAAUAACUCCGGAAACGAAAACGAUGCAUUCUAUUUUUGUAAAACCCUAAAAACCCAAAACCCAUUUGUAAAUCCUUGACUGAGAGAACCAAACACGAAAACGAUGGCUACAUGGACAAACCCAAACGAGCUAAUCUCAACGACGUCUUCGACAAUUCCCACAGCAUUUCACCACCAUAAGGCAGUGCCCUCCUUCAGGACAUGCAUUCCUCUGAGUAGCAAAAGAAGAAGUGCACUGAAACGGCGAUGUUUUGGAGUUGUGAGCUGUUCAUUUGCACCCAUGGAAUCGGCCAAGAUUAAGGUGGUUGGGGUUGGUGGCGGUGGCAACAAUGCCGUUAAUCGCAUGAUUGGCAGCGGUUUAAAUGGUGUUGAUUUCUAUGCCAUAAACACGGAUGCUCAAGCACUAUUACAGUCUGCUGCUGAGUACCCACUUCAAAUUGGAGAGCUUUUGACUCGUGGACUAGGUACUGGUGGGAAUCCACUAUUGGGGGAGCAAGCAGCUGAGGAAUCAAAAGAGGCCAUUUCAAAUGCUCUGAAGGGCUCAGAUCUUGUGUUUAUAACAGCUGGUAUGGGUGGAGGCACAGGGUCUGGUGCUGCCCCUGUUGUUGCACAGAUAUCCAAAGAGGCAGGUUAUUUGACUGUUGGUGUGGUUACCUAUCCUUUCAGCUUUGAAGGGCGUAAAAGAUCCUUGCAGGCAUUCGAGGCCAUUGAUAAGUUGCAGAAGAAUGUUGAUACUCUUAUAGUGAUACCCAAUGAUCGCCUUCUUGAUAUUGCUGAUGAGCAGACACCCCUUCAGGAUGCUUUCCUUCUUGCUGAUGAUGUUUUACGUCAGGGAGUGCAAGGAAUUUCCGACAUAAUCACGAUUCCCGGACUGGUAAAUGUGGAUUUUGCAGAUGUAAAAGCAGUUAUGAAAAACUCAGGAACUGCAAUGCUUGGAGUAGGGGUUUCCUCCAGCAAAAACCGUGCAGAAGAAGCAGCUGAACAGGCGACUUUGGCUCCUCUGAUUGGAUCUUCAAUUCAAUCAGCUACUGGCGUAGUGUAUAAUAUCACUGGAGGAAAGGACAUAACCCUGCAGGAAGUCAACAGAGUGUCUCAGUUUUCACAGUCGUUUCAGAAGACACUGCUAACAGACCCGAAGGCAGCAAAGCUGUUGGACAAAGUAGCAGGGGGUCAAGAAAGCAGGGGAAUUCCCCUUCCCCUGAAGUCCUCAACCUCGCCACCCAGCGGUCCAUCAAAGCCAUCUCCCAGAAAGCUCUUCUUUUAAAUCAGUUUGGUGUUUUUUAGUCCCUUGUGCAUUUUGCCUUGUAAUGAUAUUGAAGCUCCGAUUUAUGAAAUGUGAUUACUUUUUAUCCAUUUACCUUGCCAAUAUUUAGCGCGAUUAA